AAGAAGAUGGAGGGACUAUAAAGAAUAUAUUCCUCACGGAUAUUCCCCUGAUUUAAUGAGUGUAUACAAGUUUAUCCACUGGGAACUUCUCCUCCAUUUCCUAAAACACUUGCGGAAUAUUUAUUUGGUAAAAUGCAUGAAAUGGGCACUAACGUGGAAGAAUCGAACCUGUAUAUAAGGAUUUACAAGUUGGUAUUCGGUAGCGUUGGUUUAUUCCCUGUCGAAAAUGGACAAAUGCUGCGCGCUCAUUAGCACAACAUUGUUAAUCAAUCGAUGGAAUUGGCUUUUACAGCUGAGAAUCCUUGUAAUUACUUGCUCUUGUUGAGAGCCUUAUUCCGUUCAAUUGGCGGAGGUUCUCAUGAUUUAUUAUAUUAUAUUAUUUGACAUUGCUGCCUAAUUUACUGAAGGUUUUGAAUUGCUUGUAAAGCGGUUUCCAUAAACAACACAUGAAAGAUUUAUUUGUCGAAUCGUGUGUAACAGUGCCGGCGCGUUUGUCGUCUUUCCUGCCUUAUUUACCGAUGCUUAUGGAUGCUUUAAUUUCGUCUUUAUACGGUUCGAAUGCUUUAGAAAGUCAGGGUUUACUAUGUGUUGAUAAUUUGCAACCGAAUUUUUUGUAUGACCGUGUACUACCCGCUGUUGUAAGACGAUGAUUGAAGGUAUACAAUAUGUUUACAAAGAAAUUCAGCCUACUGCCGUGGCGCCAUAUUUCCAAGAACACGAAUCUCGUGUCAAGUCAUCUGGUUUUACAAACUGAAAAGAAUCUUAUGAUAGAGUCUUCGUCGCCGUAUCGAGCACCAUUAUUUAAGACUUCGCCCCGUCGUUUAGCCAUACUACUAGUAUGGUUUUUCAUUCUCUGCUAAAAGGUCACGCCUUAGAAGCACGCUCCGUUGUAAGGCAAGCUUUAGAUGUUCUAACUCCGGCUAUGCCUUUACCUAUGGAGGACGGCAACACUAUGCAGCAACUUUUCCAUAUUUUACAACUUAUUGUAAGGCACUACAAAGUAAAAAUUUCUUCUUAAUGACAGUGGUUUGUUGGCACUUUUUACUAUAUAGUUUUAUUUCUAUUUGUGAAAGGUGUAUUUCCCUGUAGUUACACAUUUGGUCAAUUUACGCAACGCUUAGAUUUUCUUCGGAACGCUUCUUUAGAACAUAAAAAACUAGCUGUAGACUUAGCUGCAGUUAUUAUCAAAUGGCAGCUGCAACGUAUUAAAGAAGACGAAACAGAACGCAAAGUAUUAUCGGGCGGCAUGGAAGAAGAUGGAAAUGACAAGACUUUAAAAAGGAGUCGCAAUGAAGAUUAUGCGUAUUAAUUGAAUAACUAGGAGGUUUUUAAUUCAUAACAUAUAUAUGUUAUGAAUUGUUGCGUGGACGCAAUAUUAUAUUAUUAUAGUUUAUAAUGGUGUAGGCCUAACGGGGAGCCAGCCAAUCAAAACAAUUGGCAAGGCGGCAAUCAUGGUCCCUCAAGGAUGGUGUGAAAAACCGUGUCAAGCAGGAAUAGUGAAAUUUUGCAGAAUCUUAAGUGUGCCGAACAUGUUUCCAAUGCUCUGAUGAAUAUGUAAAGCUAGAGAGAAUAAGACGACCAGUUAAUGAAGAUACAGCAGAUUUAUUGAAAAAUUUUGACGACCAAAAACGUCGAGAAAUCACAGAUGGUAUCUACGGCAGCAGAGAAAAUAGUGAUCUUGAUGAAAAUAUAUUUGAUGAAUGCGAAUAUACGGUGGUAUGAAUGAUUUUGUAGAAUAUAUUCAUUGGCGAAGGUGAAGGACAACAAUAACUUGAGUCAAAAAAAUUCAAUAAUUAUAAUAUGAGAGCAAUAUUUACGCUUUGGGCUGUUCACAUGUAUUGUAGAAAAAGAUGUUAUGAAGAUUGGUAUUUGACAUGACUGCGAACAGAACUGUCAAGAUAACCUAACCUUAGCAAAGGGAACAUAGGCACGACAGAAACUUUUACAAAACACUCGUCGAAAUGGCCGCGCAAAGCGAAUAAACAUUUUUAAAAAAACUUGAGGGUAUAUUGAAAGAUUAAAUCACAUGAUAGAUGGUCAUCGGCCGGCACUGUGAACAUAUGUUCCUUAAAGACUACGGAAUGCUUAUUUACCUGUAAACCUAUCCUGCCGGCAUGGCAGCAGCGGGACAUGAAAAAUGAUUAUAUCAAUUUAUUUCACUCG